AUGAAAACCGUUCUGAUCGGGAUUUCUUGCCUUCUACUCCCGCUGUUGGGAUCCGCCCAAUUUCUGGAUCCGGCCUGUGGGAUUCGAGCUCCCAGUCCCACGUCAUUACGGAUCAAGAAUGGAACGGUCGCUGGAUUGACAUCGAGUCCCUGGAUGGUCUUCCUCCUCUCAACUCAAAGAGAUUUCAUUUGCGGCGGAACUCUUAUUACUAACCGCCUGGUACUAACUGCAGCGCAUUGCUUUCUCCCCAAUAUUGAGCUAGUAGCUCGUCUGGGAGAAUACGACAGAGAGGAUUAUGACCGGUGCCAUGGCAGUUACUGUGUCUUUCGAUCGGAGGUCAAAGUGCACAGGGCCUUCAGGCAUCGCUUGUACAACCCAGAUACAAUGGCCAACGAUAUAGCUAUUUUACGGCUAAUCAGGAGAAUCGAAUAUACAGACAGCAUAAGGCCCAUCUGCAUUGUGUGGGACACUACGUGGAGGGACAGGAUCAACGCCAUAGAUCCGGUCACUGGCACUGGAUGGGGAAAGACCGAGUCUGAUGUCAGCAGUAGCAAACUCAUGACCUUAGACCUAAGUCGCCAACCUCCGGAGAUCUGCCGCAUUUAUGCGCAUAUAUCAAUUACGAACAAACAGUUUUGUGCCGGAAACUGGGAUAGCAACUUAUGCAACGGCGAUUCCGGUGGACCAGUGGGAGCAUUGAUCCCAUUCCAAAACUCGCACCGAUUCAUCCAAAUCGGAAUCGCCAGCUUCACGAACAGCCAGUGCUCGAAGGCAAGUGCUUUCACGGAUGUCCUGAGCUACAUCGACUGGAUUCUUUUGGUGUAUCGUAAUUUUGGAUAG